GCAUUAACCUCACAUUCUUUGUACCAUCCGAUACUGCUUUGUUCUUUAUCACAAUAUCAUAUUCCAGAAGUUAGACAUUUCAAUUCUUCUGAAGUUAGAACAAAGUUCAUUAAAUCAGAGUCUCAAUUUUGUUGA